CUUGUCAUUAUCAACACUAGGUUGUGUUUGACCAUGUUGACCAAAUGAUCAGUGGAGAGGAUUUUGAACGCACCGUUCAGAACUUCGACAAUAAUUUUUCUCGUCAUUUGAUGGAUUUAUUGGAGAAACUUAGCCAUUACUCUACUACAGACUGUGAACAUCAGAUGCUGAAUAUCAUCGCCCGGCUGGAUCACAAUGGAUACUACACGGCGCAAUUAGAGAAAUAUGUUGCCGAAGAAUCCAGUGCCCUUAAUGGAUCCUCGGACCCAAAGACUGAGACCAAGUCUUCCUCGUCACUACUUUCAGCCUCAGUUGAUAAUCUAGCGGAUGUUCCUGCUCAUUUACGUUCGGCAGUUCCUCUGGAUCAGUUGCAAAACGGCCAGAGCUACUAAGCUAAGCCUACGUCUUUACCUGACUUGUCGGACGCAAGAGGAAAGAAGAAGUAGAGAAAAUUUCGUGUGUAUUAUAGGGGGUGGGGGAAGGGGAUAAAUUCUGCUUUGUCCCGUGAAGAGUAUCAGCAAUUAGCGGGUAUUAGAUAAACAUAGGCAAUUGAAUGAUAUUGAUAGUGGUACCAUGUAGUUGUACCCUCAGUGCAGUUGAAGGUUAAAAUAGUGAUGCCAUCUCCUACAAAGCCUUUUGCCCUGUUUACCAAGGCAACGCACUGUCCAUCAGAAAGCAGUUUCGCGCUUUACUAUAAAGAGAAACUCGGGAAUAAUCGUGAUCCAGCAGCCCUAUAAUUCAAAUAUUUUUUAAAUUAGGUUUUGUAUUCGGUCUUUGCCUUCAAAAGAAACGUCCGUGGGUCGAAAAGAAAGGAAAAUACCGUAUUGAUAGCCUGGAGUACAUCACUUUGUUACAUCUUUGUAUGGCAUUAUGUUACACUAUGAGCCACUAUUUUCCAUACAGUUUUGUACAUAGCUCUUGGAUAAAAAGUGCGUUAAGGUUAACAUUAAAAUAAACUCUUUCAAAAUUGGUA